AUGUCUCUCUACCACGAGGCUGCAUCCGUAUUGCAGCAAGACCCCUCGACCGGUGGGAAUCUGCGGUCCCGAGUCUUCAACAACAAAGACCUGAAAUCUCCUCCAAACCAGGUCUACGCUCUUGCCCUCGAAACAUGCAAGUGGUCUGCAGUUUUGACCGAGGCCAUUGAUCACUCGCAGAUACUGAAACACGAGAAAAAGCUCACACCUGUCCUGUCUCUGCUCUUGGUCCAUGAUUUUCUUCUUGCAAAGGGUGGCAUUGCCUUGCCCGCCUCACAUGGCCUCAGGGCCACAGUCGACCGCCACAAGUCUCGUCUGACCGCAGAGUUCACGCGUGCCAGGAUACGCAGAAAGUGCUCGUCCGUUGAUGCUCUCAGAGAGCAGGUGGAGACCAGUCUUUACGCCAACAGUCAGCAUCCCCGUUGGAUACGGGUGAACACCCUCAAGACGACUCUCGAGAAGCAGCUGUCUACCACGUUCAAGGAACUUCAGAAAGCAAGCUCUGUCCAGGAAGUAUUCACUGGCAGCGGCAAGCUCAUUUACAUCGACGAGCACAUCCCCAACCUCGUGGCUGUCUCGCCCAGAUUCGACUUCGCGAGAUGUCCCGCUUACAAGUCCGGUCAGCUCAUCCUCCAGGAUAAGGCCUCUUGCUUCCCAGCCUACCUACUCGACCCAAAACCCUCUGAUGGAGACGUUAUCGAUGGGUGCGCGGCUCCGGGGAAUAAGACGACACACGCUGCCGCGAUUAUCAGGUCGCAAUGCCAGGACGGGGGCAAGUCCGCGAGCGGCAUACAUGCCUUUGAGAAGGACGCCAGGAGAGCAAAGACACUCGAUAAGAUGGUCAAGUUGGCAGGUUCCGAUGACUUUACCGAGAUCCACCAGGGCCAGGACUUCUUAAAGGUGGAUCCUUCGGACGCAACAUAUGCCAGCACUGGGGCAAUACUUCUUGACCCAAGUUGUUCAGGGAGUGGUAUUGUCGGUCGGGACGACAUGCCAGAACUGCACUUACCAGCUACUGACGGCGCCGUCACUGCGGGUAAAUCAUCCAAGAAGCGAAAGCGUCCGGCCGAGGGUCCGGAACACGUCCUUGUCGAUGACGAUGGCAACACCACCGUGGUCUCUUCCGAAAAGGACCUGGAGGCUCGACUAGAGGCACUGUCUUCCUUCCAGCUGACGCUGCUUCUACACGCUUUCAGUUUCCCGGCAGCACGCAAGAUCACAUAUAGCACCUGCUCCGUGCAUGCCGAGGAGAAUGAGCAGGUUGUUCUGAAGGCAUUGCAGUCAGACAUCGGCAAGAGGCGAGGGUGGCGCGUCAUGCCCCGUGAGGCGCAGGUCAGCGGGAUGCAAGCAUGGCCCGUCCGGGGUCAGAUCGAAGCCUGCAACGGCGACAAGCAGGUGGCCGAGUCCUGCAUACGUGCUUACAAAGACGACGGGCGAGGUGUCAUGGGAUUCUUCGUGGCCGCUUUUGAACGGGACCCAGACCUUGACUCGCCAUCACCCAACCCGCCUACUAAGAAAAAAAAGGCCAAGAAGGGGACUACGGCAAGUAGCCGAAGUAGCCAAAACGAAGUGGAGACCCACCAUGAUCCACCGUCGGGAUCGCCCCAAAAUCCGAAUGCCAACGGCCACGGGGUUAACGUGGCAAAUACCGGUGAUGAUGACGCGGGUUCAUGGAGUGGUUUUGACGACUGA